AUGGCAUUCUCCUGGUCAACCUGUGGCCACUCCGUUCCCAAGCUGAACAUCCGUCUACUGUGCCUGUUCGGGAUGUGGCCACUGUGCGAUUCGCCGCUGUAUAACUUCUACAGCCCCCUCGUCUUGACGCUGGGCGUUUGGAACUACAUGGAAGGCGCUCUGGCCGUCGGCUACAGCGGAGCUGAUCGUGAAGAGACGACGCUGGUCCUGAUUAACUCUUUCACGACCUGCAGUGGACUCGUCAAGGGCAUACUGUUCGUGUGGGACAGGCAGCAGUAUUACGCCAUGGCGCAUUGUCUCAACGCGCUGGUGUCGAAACAAAGUGAGGCCUGUUCCAAGGACACCACCAUGGCCGACAUCCUCCAGAACUCGUGCAAACGUGCGAGCCGCGUUUCACUGGCCAUUGUCCUGUCCUUGGUCGUGCAGUCGAUCGUGUGGUUCCCAAUGCCGUUGAUCCUGCAUCCGGGCGAACGUCGCCUUCCGCUCGUCCAGCACUACUGGGCCGGCAACAAUACCUACUACGCACUGUCGAACAUCGUGCAGUGUUGCGCAGCCAACCAUCUGUGCCACAUUAGCAUCGGCAUGGACUGUCUUCUAGCAACAGUAAUGAUUUUGGUGGCCGCGCAGUUGAACGUCGUCACAAUUCGUAUAGCCGCCCUGAGCUCAGAGCAGGCUGACGCGGAACUGGGAGUUAAAUACCGUUUCGAGGGUUCACACGCUUCGUCUCAGGACAGGCUGUACAGAGAUUUGUGCCUUUGCAUUGAAAGCCAUCAACAAAUUCUACGGUUCGUCAAAGAUCUGCAACGACUAAUGGAUCCCAUUCCAAUGACUCAGUUCGUCUUCAGUGUCCUCGCUGCGUGCGUGGCGCUCUUUCAGGCAACAUACACGACAGAGCUCGCCGCAGUGUUCCAGUGCGUGGCCUUCCUUCCGGUGCCUGGAGGCCAAGUCUUCCUGUACUGCUGGGCAGCUCACAGCGUGACCGAAGAGGCAGAAGCGGUAUCGACGGCAGGGUACAGCUGCUCCUGGGUGGGGUCGAGCGCGGCCUUCAAGCGCGCCCUCCGCCUGCUGCUGUGCCGCGCCCAGAAGCGCCUCGUCCUCACUGCCGGCUACUGCUACGCCAUCGACAGGGCCGCCUUCCUCUCGUUGGAUAAUGCAUCAUACUCCUACUAUGCUCUCCUGGGCCAAAUGAAUGGACGCUAG